AGAAGGCCGGUAGCGGAGCAGAAAGCGGUACCGAUCAGGACAGGAGGGGGUUACACACAUUACAGAAACCGCUCAUUAGUACCAGGCGUGCUCCCGAGGCGCGCACACUGUCAGGCUGUAAUUUACUUUCAAUGAGUCCGAGAAGCCCCGCCCCGCAUGUCAUCACACGCUCUCUCUUAUUGGUCGAAUGAAGGAGCCGUUUCCCGCUGAAGUUUUCACAUCGCGGAGCCCCGCCCAUUGUUUAUUCCCUCACCCACCGCUGCCAACCCGGAAGCGGAAGUGAGUAACUGGCGAAGUCGGGAAGAUGGAAGCGGCUUGUAGUUAGGCAGGAAUCCUGCGUGAUACCCAGUGUAGAACAAGUAGCCUCCUGCUCCCACUCAUAGGAGCUCCACCCAUUACCCACAUGGACCCACACUCCUCACUGAUUGGCAAGAGAUGAGCAAUAAUUAUCUCAGAUGAAGGUGAAGCGUUCUUUGACCAUCUGAACCAGAUGGAAGGCACCGAACCAGAAAUGUCCCUAUGAACCCAACUCAGAUCCACCAUAUGCAGUGAAGGUGGGAAAAGCUCAGUGGUGGAGAAUCUCCAGAGACUGGGUCAGUAGCCAUGAAACUGGGCAAGGAGCUGCCUGACUGUAACCAGGGGACAGUGAUGAAGAGUGAAACGGAUCCAUGGCCUGGAGUUGGUUCCUCCGAGGAAGAACCAGAAAUCCUACAGAUAAAGAUAAAAGAAGAAGAAGAAGCAGGUGGUGGAGAUGAGCCCAAUGCAAUGAAACAUACAGAGUCCCCUUACCCUUCCGUAUGCACAGAUCAUCUUGCCGUGCAGUUCCACAAGGAACAGAAGGAUGAACUGUCUGACUCUCGGCAUCCAACCGGAAUUAAGAGAGAAGGGGAUCCGUAUUCUGGGGCGGAAGCAGAAAUAUUGCGAGUAAAGGUAGAGGAAGAAGAACCCAACUCUGGCAGAGAAGUAAAAUCUGAGCUGGAAGGAAGGAACUGUAACGAUCCAGGGGUCAUACAAACUGAAUUGACAUCUGUUGCACACGUCUGUUGCACACGUCUUGCUUCCCAUACUGAGAAGAACCGUCCCACUACUACAAAUAGGAGAAGAAAAGCCAAGGAGAGAGAUUUCACGUGCAGCCACUGUGGCAAAAACUUCAAGAGGAAAUAUAACUUACAGGUACAUCAGCGGGUACACACCGGGGAGAAACCAUUCACGUGUUCAGAAUGUGGGAAAAGCUUCUCCCUGAAAAGCAUUCUAAAAGGUCACCAGAAAGUGCACAGAGGGGGGAAACCUUUCCAAAGUGCUGAGGGUGGGGGAAGCCCCAGUGAUGCCCAAACUGAGGAGAAGCGCUUCAAGUGCCCAGAGUGCGGGAAAGGUUUCUCCGACAAGUACAGCCUCUUCAUACACCUUAGAGUGCACACAGGGGAGAAACCCUUCUCCUGUACAGAGUGCGGCGAGAGGUUUGGCUACAAAAGCACUCUCAGAAUACACUUUAAGCGUCACUCAGGGGAGAAACCAUUCACCUGUUCAGAGUGUGGGAAACAAUUCUUCCAGAAAAGAAACCUUCGCUGCCACCAGAGGGUUCACACGGGAGAGAGACCGUUCACUUGUGCGGAGUGUGGAGAAAGGUUCUCUCGAAGGAGUACGCUAAUUGCUCACAAGAUUGUUCAUACGGGGAAAAAACCUUUCAUCUGCACAGACUGCGGGAAGAGCUUCUCGAGGAAAUUCGACCUUCAGCUUCACGAGAAAGUUCACAGCGGUGAGAAGCCGUUUACGUGCACAGAGUGUGGGAAAGGGUUCUCUCAGCAGAGGAGGCUCUACAGUCACCUGGCAGUUCACACAGGGGAGAAACCAUUCACAUGUACAGAAUGUGGCAAAGGCUUCUCUGAAAAGAGGCGACUUUAUAAUCACCAGGCAGUUCAUACAGGGGAGAAACCAUUUAAGUGCACAGAAUGUGGGAAAUGCUUUGCUCUAAAGGGAACCCUUCGCUGCCACCAGGAGCUUCACACAGGAGCCAGACCCUUUACAUGCACUGAGUGCGGCGAGACGUUCUCUAAGAAAGACACACUAAACACUCAUUUAAAGAUUCACACAGGGGAGAAACCCUUUGCAUGCACUGAAUGUCCUAAGCGCUUUGCUAAAAAAAGCAACCUUCAGCGCCACCAGAAGGUUCAUAAGGAGAAACCUCUCGCUGAUGGCAGCGUCUGAAGAAAAGGGGCAGUCACAGUGUGAGGGAAAAACCAUUCAUAUGUUCAGAAUGUGGAAAAUAUAUCUCUAAAGGGAGUACACACAGGGGAGAAACCAUUCAUAUGUUCAGAAUGAGGAAAAUAUAUCUCUAAAGGGAGUACACACAGGGGAGAAACCAUUCAUAUGUUCAGAAUGAGGAAAAUAUAUCUCUAAAGGGAGUACACACAGGGGAGAAAACAUUCAUAUGUUCAGAAUGAGGAAAAUAUAUCUCUAAAGGGAGUACACACAGGGGAGAAACCAUUCAUAUAUUCAGAAGGUGGAAAAUAUAUCUCUAAAGGGAGUACACACAGGGGAGAAACAAUUCAUAUGUUCAGAAUGAGGAAAAUAUAUCUCUAAAGGGAGUACACACAGAGGAGAAACCAUUCAUAUGUUCAGAAGGUGGAAAAUAUAUCUCUAAAGGGAGUACACACAGGGGAGAAACCAUUCAUAUGUUCAGAAGGUGGAAAAUAUAUCUCUAAAGGGAGUACACACAGAGGAGAAACCAUUCAUAUGUUCAGAAGGUGGAAAAUAUAUCUCUAAAGGGAGUACACACAGAGGAGAAACCAUUCAUAUGUUCAGAAGGUGGAAAAUAUAUCUCUAAAGGGAGUACACACAGGGGAGAAACCAUUCAUAUAUUCAGAAGGUGGAAAAUAUAUCUCUAAAGGGAGUACACACAGGGGAGAAACCAUUCAUAUGUUCAGAAUGAGGAAAAUAUAUCUCUAAAGGGAGUACACACAGGGGAGAAACCAUUCAUAUAUUCAGAAGGUGGAAAAUAUAUCUCUAAAGGGAGUACACACAGGGGAGAAACCAUUCAUAUAUUCAGAAUGUGGAAAAGGUUACUAAGUGAGUAUACACAGUAUGUUAUUGGUUAAGAUGAGAAUCACUUUUUUCAAAGCUUUUCCACAUUCUAAACGUAAUGAAUGGUUUCUGUGACUGGUGGGCGUGGCAGCUGUGUGAUUUAGAGAAGCAUUUCCUACAGUCGGACAUGGGAAUACUCUUUCUGUGCUUCAUAUCACGUUUUAUAACUUUCUCAGCUGGCUGACUUGGCCCAGGAGCCUCACUAAGCGAAGUCAAGGUGAUAUUUAUGUACAUAAUGUAUAAAUGUACAGAAUCCGUGUUCCUUUCUAAUACAAACAAUCGUGUCAGUGUCA